AUGCUAAUCACAGGCAAUGAUACAUCGGCCAUACAGCAAAUCCUUCUCAGUCUCUGCCAAGCCUUCUCCCUCAAGGAUCCAGCUCCAGUGUCUUUAUUCCUUGGCAUUCGUAUUUCCAUCACUCCUCAAAGUCUCUUCCUAGAUCAGCAACAAUAUGCGACUGACAUCCUCAAAUCUGCUGGGUUCCUCCAUUGCAAACCACUUCCCACUCCUAUUACUCCGAAAUCUACUUAUUCCACUGUACCGGACUCUACCCUGCUCCAACCAACAAAUUAUCGCAGGCUCGUCGGAUCUCUGCAGUAUUUGACCAUAACACAACCGGAUCUUGCCUUUGCAACCAACCAGUUGUGCCAGCACAUGCAUGAUCCUCAACCAACUCAUGUUCAUGCCCUCAAACAUGUGCUUCGUUACCUACACGGUACUUUAAACUAUGGUCUCCCGCUCCGCCGCGGAGAGCUUACCCCUCAAUCGUUCGUAGAUACUGACUGGGCAUCGGACUCAACCGACCGCAAAUCCGUCUCCGGCUUCUGUACAUUCCUGGGUAAGAACCUGAUUUCCUGGUCAGUAAAGAAACAAAUUACGGUUGCUAAGUCUUCCACUGAGGCAGAAUAUCGUGCACUAGCUGCAGCCACCUCUGAUGUUAUUUGGCUCCGUCGUCUUCUCACCGACUUUGAUGCCACUCCAAACGAGCCAACCACCAUAUUCUGCGAUAAUGUUUCUGCACUAGCACUAGCAAUUAACCCUGUGUUUCAUGCCAGAUUGAAACACAUCGAAAUAGACUAUCAUUUUAUCAGUCAUCACAUCCAGCACAAAGAUAUCUCGGUUCAGCACAUUCAUUCCAUCGACCAGCCCGCUAACAUCCUUACCAAAAGUCUGCCUGUCAACCGGUUUCAACAACUGAGAUCCAAACUCACCAUCCAUCCAAAGGAUAGUAAGUUUGAGGGGGCCUGUUAG